AACACUAAUAACAUCCAUAAACUAUCUAUAUUAUUAGGGUUAGAUGCACAAUGACGUCAUUUUGCUUUUUGGGUAUAGAGCAACAUGGAUCUAUCUGCUCCCUCUUGUGCUCAGAAAAAAAAAUACAUUUCAUGAGACACUCAAGUAUCACAUCGGAAAUACAAGAGAACUAAGCCUUGUGUAUAAGUUCCACCUAGCUCAUUAAUACGAUGCACUUGGGAAGGAACCCAAAAUUAAAUCCGUGAGGGCUUGGCUCAAAGCCGACAACAUCGUACUAAUGGAGCACUCGGUCUCGUCAAAUGGUAAUCAGAGGCUAAUUCGGGGCGGUUGUCGUUAGGGUACGGUGGACCCCCAUUAGGUGACCUCACGAUUUGAGAUAUGCAUUUUUUUGGCGGAUCAUGGAAGAUCUGCUUUGGUAAUUUGUCUAGUGGAUCAAGUGAAGAUCUCUAUAUGAUAAAUCCCUAUGUCAAAGAUCAUGUCGAUAUAAGGUGUCUGGCGGAUCAAGAUAAUUGCAGAGAAGAAGACACGAAGUUCGUGGUCCUUGUCUUGAGGGGAGGAUUGUUAUAAGACAAUCAAAUUAACACAUCAGAAAUACAAGAGAAAUAAUUCUUGUAUAUAAGUGUUCAUCUAGCUCAUUACUCAUUAAUAUGAUGCCAUUGGGGAGAGAACUCAAAAGUAAACCGUAUGGGUUUAAUCCAAAACGAACAAUAUCAUACCUAUGAAACAUCGUCGGAUCUCAAUUAUGAGUUAGAUUUCUCUAACCCAAACCCAAACCCAAUGAAUACAUCCGCUAAAAACACUCAACAAAAUGCUCACUAGUGAUAAUACCACUAGCCUAGAAGCUGGAAGUUUCAUGUUCGAAUUCCUUAAGUAGUAACUUAAUCACAAAAAUAAAACCUAUAUCACCCUUAUAAAAAAUUGCCCACUAGAUUGUUAGGAGAGAAAACCCAACCAAGCCUAUAUCCAAUUUCCACAUGACAAGUCUAAAUAACGAGAUGCUAGACCCAAACCCAUUGUUAUUCCUAUCCUACCAAGGCUAUUGAGGUGAGACUUUUUCUAGUGGUGAUUAAUAGCCACUAAUUCUGCUGACCCAUUUGCAGAAAUUGUAGCAGUCGGUUUCUGUAGGCUUAUAGGAUGAUGGGAUCUUGGAAAGUCUUAACUACUUAUAGUUAAGAAUUUCAACUUUGCAAUUGAGAGUUGUCUUCUCUCUUCUAUUUCUACGCGCCCUUUAAUUUUCCUCCCUUCCUUUUAUGGUCCCUACUUUUGCAGUAAGUGAUCGAAAUCGGCAGGCAUUUUCUUGGUGUUUCACUGGCCCCCACUCAAUCACCUUCUUUAAACUAAUUUAUAAUUAUAAUGGUUGUAACCAUCAGCUUAAUCUUUUAUUUAUUAAGGAAAGGAAGCUGUCUCUGGAGGACUGUAGAUUCGUUAACAUGAAAGGGACGUACGUGUUAUAAUGAUUUCUAUUUUAUCCAUGAACAUUAUUAGUUAGCUUUGUAAUGGAACUAGUACUACUCCUCUAAUUUUCAAUGAUAUCAUAUGGUCCUAUACCCAAUCUUUCGGUCCCUAGAAAAUGUUUAAAAGUGAAGCUUAGAACAAAAGGUUUAGGACUCUUGAAUAAUAAGAAAAGGGUUGGUUAGUUUAGCGUUAUUCGUGAUAAUAUGGAACAUGUAUUUCUUAGUUUUCACUAUAACAAAUUAUGCUUGCAUGUUGGCUCGCUAGAAUAUCUGGUUAUAAGUGUUUAAAUUAGUAAUUUCUCCUAUUGAUAUUUAGUAACACAUAUCUACUUCUAAUAUUGACGACAAGAUGGAGCAAAAUUAUAAGACUUGGGACACAUCUUGAUGGUUAGACCUUAAAUAUCCAAUUAGUAAAGAAACACUUAUUGUUGUUUAAUCAAUUUGGAAUGUUAUUUUUUAACAUUCACGUUUUCAUUGAUUUUCAAUCUUAUCGUCUCAUAUUCAAGUUCAUUAAAUAGCACCUAAUAACCAAAAAAUUAACAUCUAUAUCACCCUUAAAAAAAUCACUCCAUAAACGAUCUUGUCAAUCUCCAUAGUUUCUUGUCUACCCCAUCUUUUGGAGGUAGUUGUAAUUAUAUAGUUUUGUAAUGAAAAAUAAGAAAAAGAAGUAAAUAUAAAAAAAGGGGGGAAAAUGAAGACGUGAAGGACCAUUUCGUGCUCCUUAUUCUUUCCCCCUCGCAAGUUGAGGAGGUUUUCUGUGGAUGUCUGUUCAAGUUAAAUGCACUCACUCCUAUUUUCCCUCUUUCUUUUCUUCUUUUCUUUUGGGUCUCUGUCCUUUCUGUUUGGUCAUUGCUGUGAAUCUUCCUUUUGCAAUUUGGCAGCCAGAGAAAACCCUGCUGUACUUCCUUUCUUUCAUGUUGUAAUAAAUUUGGUUCUAACCCCUCUUCUUCAUUUAUAAAAGCUGACAAAAGCUCCAAGCUUUCAGCUUCUCCAUAAAUUUUACUGUACUUCAGCUUUUUUCCUCCUAUCACUUCCGAACCUUUCCAGUUUCAAGCAAUGAGGGCCAAGAGAGGGAACCGUUCUGAGGCAUUUUGGCCUUCCCUCGUGAUGAAGAAAUGGCUGAACAUUAAGCCCAAGGCUUGUGAUUUCAGCGAAGAUGAAUUCACAGAGAAUGAGAGUGAAGAUGAUGCUUGCUCGCUUAAGGAUGAAAGUGUUAAUGUGAAUGAAGAUCAUGGUCGUAGAACUCAAUUGAACCAAUAUGAGCCCCACCACCAGAAUGAACCUUCCAAGGGCUAUUCCCUGAGACACAGACGGGGUAAAUCCGAAACUCUGCGUAUCCAGUACAUAAAUACCAAGGAUGUGAGGGUGACAAUAGGCACUUGGAAUGUUGCUGGUAUAUCACCGGACAAUGAUCUUGAUAUCGAGAGCUGGCUUUGCACAGAAGAACCAGCAGAUGUGUAUAUUAUUGGUUUCCAAGAGGUAGUCCCUUUGAAUGCUGGGAAUGUAUUUGGGGCAGAAAACAACAGACCAAUUCGGAAGUGGGAGUCAAUCGUUCGAAGAACCUUGAACAAAUCUUGGCAGCCUAAGAGCAAACACAAAUGUUACAGUGCCCCACCUUCUCCAGUAUUGAGGACUUGCUCUGUUGCUGAUUUACUUUCAGGUGAGGUUGAUGCUUUACCACUAGACCUCACAAAUGAAGAAUACCUAGAACCUACAGCUGAUUGUCAAUUUGAAAGAAAUGAGCCAAAGAAAGCUGAAGUUGCCACGGGCAAAAAUUUGAACCUGAGGGGUAUCUUUGGGAUAGAUACCGGCAAUAGACUGGACUGGCCCGAGCAUUCAUUAGAUGCAGCUCCACAAAUCAUCUCAUCAAAUCCCAAGCUGAGAAGGGUACUCAGUAGCUCAGCUAGAAUAAGCUCUACUUGGGAAGACAGCCUAGGUAGUCCUCGGAGUUUCAUAGUGAACAAAAGUGGGUUGAAGAGAACCCAUCAUAGUUCUGGGGACCUUGGAUCAUUAUUGUGGGACUUACAGCAGCCAAAAGAGGUGACGAUGACUGAGCUUCCUGAAGUUGUUGAUACAGCAGAAAGUGUGUCUGAUGGAUUAUCUGAUGAAGAUGAAGACGACUUGUUUGCAGCAGAAGUACCAAGCUAUGACCAACGUUGUGGUGUUGUCAAAGGAAAGAAAUAUCCCAAGUAUGUGCGCAUCGUGAGCAAGCAAAUGGUGGGGAUAUAUGUGUCAGUUUGGGUGCGGAAGAGGCUGAGGAGACAUGUCAACAACUUGAAGGUCUCUCCUGUUGGAGUUGGUCUCAUGGGAUACAUGGGGAACAAGGGAUCUGUUUCUGUUAGUAUGUCCCUAUACCAGUCGAGGAUGUGCUUUGUUUGUUCUCAUCUGACGUCUGGUCAGAAAGACCGGGCUGAACAAAGGCGGAAUGCUGAUGUCUAUGAGAUCAUAAGGCGCACUCGUUUCUCCUCAUCUGUCCUUGAUGCAGAUCAGCCACAGACCAUCCCUGCUCAUGAUCAAGUAUUCUGGUUUGGUGACUUGAACUAUCGGCUCAACAAGUUGGACUCAGAAGUAAGGAAGCUUGUUGCCUUGAAGCAGUGGGAUGAACUUAAGAACAGCGAUCAACUAAUCAGAGAACUCCGAAGUGGGCACGUAUUCGAUGGAUGGCAAGAAGGAACAAUAAACUUCCCCCCUACUUACAAGUACGAGAUUAACUCUGACAGAUAUGUUGGAGAGCAUCCAAAAGAAGGAGAAAAGAGGAGAUCUCCAGCAUGGUGUGACAGAAUACUUUGGCUAGGAAAAGGCAUAAAGCAACUCUUCUACAGACGAGCAGAUCUCCGAUUAUCAGAUCAUCGACCAGUGAGUUCGAUGUUUGUGGUAGAAGUCGAAGUCUUUGAUCACCGAAAGCUGAAGAAGGCGCUGAAUGUGAAUAGUGCAGCAGUUCAUCCCGACAUUUUCCUCUUUGACGAUGAAAACUAGCAAAUGUUACACAAGGUAAACUCCAAUCUUCACUCUUUUGCUAUAAUAAGCUUACAAAGUUGGAGUGAAGUUCACAACUUCCCCCUAAACCCAGAAAAGAUUUUCAAUCAAUUUCCCACUCUUGAAGUUGAAGUUUCUUGUAGUUCAAGUUUUGUUCUGAUGGCCACCUCACAGAAUCCGUCCUUUUCUCCCCAUUCAGGAGAUUACAGAUCACGGUGGAGAAUGACCAGAUAAACCAGAUAUGAUCUAAGUAUGAUAAUGAAGAAGAAGAAAUCCAAACGGUGAGAAAUACAAAUAACUGCCAGAAGGCAGCUUGCUUGCAAAUUUUUGGCAGGAGUAGAGCAGCAACAGCAGAAAAAGAAUAGCAGUGUUUUUUUAUUGAUUAGUUUUGUGUGUUCUUUUGGGGGUGGGUGGUAAGUGUACAGAUAAGGAGAAUAGUUCUCUUCCACUUUAUAGAUAGUCUUUUCUCUUUUCCUUUUCAUACAAAGCUUCACUUUUUGUGUGUAAAAUAGAGGUGUUUGUUGGCUUGGGUUGCUUCUUUCUGUGCCUUCUGCGUUAUGGCAUUGUGAAUUAGUUUUGUUUAUCACUUUUAUUAUACCAACAAUGAGAUGUAACUUAUGAACUCUGCAACUAAUACAAAAUAUUUCACAAGUAUAUCUCCAAAUUUUAGCUUGCUUGUCUCUCAAACUCACAGACUUCAACAUCAUGGGUACCCGACAAAUGAAAACUCGCUCUAUCGAAUACAACAAUAGACACUCGGUCGAAUAAAUUGAAUUUUCUUAA